GCCCAUUGGAAUUAAAAUAUCCAAGAAAUUUCUAGGAACUCACGUUUUCUCGCCUAUAAAAGCACGCUCAGAAUUCAUUGUAAACCUUCUUUCGCCAAUCUUUUGGUUCCACACCUACCAUUUAACUCUCUCUCAUCAGAUCGUUUGAAUCACUUUCUUGCUGAAUUGUUAGCUUUCCAUAAUCCGAUUGUACCUUUUGUCAUCAGAUCUAGGGUUUUCUUAAGGUUUGAAUCGCGAUUUCGAUUUAAUUUCUGGUGUAUGUUACACUAAUCGUUUGGAUGAGUCUUUCUUAUUCAUGACGUAUGCUGUAUUGAUGCAUCGGAUCCGAAUUCUUCACUCGUUUUCCGUCGUUUUUCUCUACUGGUUUCACGAGCUUUCAUGAAUUUGCCUUAGAUAUAUAUUCUCUUUAAUUUUUCAUUAUUUGAUACACCUAUUGUUUUUAGUAAUUUACAAACCCUAAUUUCCUAAAUUUUUCAAAAAUCGGAAUAUUCCGUUUUGAUACUCGAUGACGUCACCAAAACAACCACAAUCUGCAAAUUUGGUGUCUGAUGGAGACCUAAGGUAUGCAAACCUUGAUGAAAGGAAAAGAAAACGGAUGAUAUCGAACCGAGAAUCCGCUCGCAGGUCUCGUGCGAAGAAGCAGCAGCGAUUGGAUGAGUUGCUUGGUGAAAUUAACAAGUUGCAGAGUGAUAACAAUGCAAUAAUGAAGAAGAUUGAUGGGGCAACACAGAUGUUUGUUGGUGCUGAGUCUCAGAACAAUGUUUUGAGGGCUCAAUUGACUGAGUUGACUGAUAGGUUGCAUUCUUUGAACUCUGUUUUGCAUAUUGCUCAAGAAGUUAGUGGUUUGGCUAUGGAUAUUCCUGAGAUUCCUGAUACUUUGCUUGAACCAUGGAAGCUUCCUUGCUCUGUUCAGCCGAUUACGACGUCGUUUAAUAUGAAUAUGUUCUAGCAUCUGUCAAGUGCUCUCUACUCAAGUUUGCAGCUUAUCUUGUGAUCCUAAUUAUGUCAAGUUUGUGUUUUUGGUUAAAUGUGUUUUAUAGGCAGAUUUGUCUGCCUCUGAUGUUUAUUUAGGUUUUAUGUGUGUUUAUUAGGCUGGUUUGUUAUGCUAUAUGGUGUGUAAAGAUGUUGGUUUAUUAUGUGGUUUUGCUCUUAUUUUCUGGUUGUUGGUAUUAUGUAAUGUUUAGUAAUUUAUAGAGGUUCUAGCUAUGAUGAAUUGAAAUUAUGUCU